ACCUUCUAGCACUUUAAACUGCCUCACGGUUUCUUUUUUUGUUUGUUUUUCAUUUAUUUGUAUCUCCAGAUCUGCUGUAAUACAUGUGCUUGGGCCACUUGCCGAUAACCUUGACGACCUCAGUAAAGACCCCAGUCUGGCAGUAUGACCUCUCCUUAUGCAGCAGUACAGUUCUGCCCAGAGCGAGCCUUUCAACGACUGAGAGAGCCAGCAGCAGCAGCCUGUCUCUCGUGGGCUGAAGGUUCUUUCCUGGCCUCCAUGUCACAAGGCCAGGGUUCUCAGGGUACAGAUAUCCUCGGACAAGAUGUCAUCAACCAGCUGCUAGAGAUGCUGGACCAGUCUGCGCUACAUUCAAUGCAGCCUAUCGAGCUCAACUUUUCUGAGGGCUCUGCAGUUGGAUCAGCAUCCAAUACCAUACAGAUUAGUAUGGACUGCAUCACGAUGCGUGGGUCUGAGGAGCCCCUAACACCACAGUAUACAAGCCUGGGGCUUCUCAACAGCAUGGAUCAAAAUGGUGGCUCCACCUCCACCAGCCCCUACAACAACGAGCAUGCUCAGAACAACGUAGCGGCACCAUCACCCUACGCCCAACCCAGUUCCACCUUCGAGGCCCUGUCUCCAUCACCUGCUAUCCCAUCCAACACAGACUAUGCUGGCCCACACACCUUUGAUGUGUCCUUCCAGCAGUCCAGCACAGCCAAAUCAGCCACCUGGACGUACUCCACAGAACUGAAGAAGCUGUACUGUCAAAUUGCCAAAACAUGUCCCAUUCAAAUCAAGGUCCUUACCAACCCACCCCAGGGUGCAGUCAUACGGGCCAUGCCUGUCUAUAAGAAAGCGGAGCAUGUUACCGAGGUGGUCAAACGAUGCCCGAACCAUGAACUGAGCAGAGAGUUCAAUGACGGCCAAAUAGCCCCACCCAGUCACCUGAUUAGGGUUGAGGGAAACAGUCAUGCUCAGUACAUGGAGGAUUCCAUUACUGGGCGUCAGAGUGUGCUGGUGCCUUACGAGCCCCCUCAGGUGGGCACAGAGUUCACAACCAUCCUGUACAAUUUCAUGUGUAACUCCAGCUGUGUUGGUGGAAUGAACAGACGUCCUAUCCUCAUAAUUGUCACUUUGGAAACCAGAGAUGGUCAGGUUUUGGGUCGACGGUGUUUUGAGGCUCGUAUCUGUGCGUGCCCUGGACGUGACCGCAAGGCUGAUGAGGACAGCAUCCGUAAACAGCACAUCGGCGAUGGCACAAAGAGCAGUGAGGGUAUGAAACGCCCUUUCCGUCAGGCCUCUCACAUCUCUCAGCUAAACUCCAUCAAGAAGCGAAGAUCCACCGAUGAGGAAGUGUUUUGUUUGCCUAUAAAAGGCCGUGAAAUCUAUGAGAUUUUGGUGAAAAUCAAAGAGUCUUUGGAACUUAUGCAGUUCCUCCCUCAGCAGACUAUUGAGUCAUACAGACAGCAGCAGCAGAACCUACUGCAGAAACAGAGCUCUCUGCCACCCCAGCCUUCCUUUGGUUCCAGUUCACCUACCCUCUGCAAGAACAAACUUCCAUCAGUCAGUCAGCUCAUCAACCCCCAACAACGCAACACACUCACCCCAUCCAGCAUGGCUGGAGGACUAACUGACAAUUGUACAAAUUACAAUGAACAAGUAUUAUGCUGUUUAUUACAGUCUCAACCCUUUCCCCUCCCUUCAGUGACCCCUCCCAUGAUGGGUGGUCCUGUUCCCAUGAACACGGACAUGAGUGCUCUGAGCCCCACCAACCCUCUGCAGCCUCAGUUACAAAUGGUACCCUCUCACUGCACACCUCCGCCUCCCUACCCCAUGGACAACAGCAUUUCCAGUUUCCUGUUGAGGCUGGGCUGCUCAGCCUGUUUGGAUUAUUUCACAGCCCAAGGACUGACCAAUAUUUACCAAAUUGAGAACUACAAUUUAGAGGACUUGUCCAGGCUGAAGAUUCCCACAGACUUCCAGCACAUCAUCUGGAAAGGAAUCAUGGAGUAUCGACAGACCAUGGAGUUUUCUCCACCUCCCCACAUCUUGCGCACCUCUAGUGGGACAUCCACUGUCAGUGUGGGCUCUACCGAAGCCAGAGGCGAGCGUGUGAUCGAUGCAGUGCGUUUCACUCUUCGUCAGACCAUUUCAUUUCCUCCACGAGACGACUGGACCGAUUUCUCUUUUGACCUGGCUCCAGAUUCUCGCCGCAACAAGCAACAGCGCAUCAAGGAGGAGGGAGAAUGAAUGUAGUGCAUCACAGUUCACAAUAAUACACGUACAUACAGUGUCAACAGUGCACAUUUACUGAACACACACACUUAUGCGCUGUUUUCUAUUAACACACUUGGUGUUGGUCCAGAUCGUUUCACAGUUUUCCUCUGCAAGUGAUGAUUAAAAAAAAACUGUAAGCCACAUAGACUAGUUCCCUUAAACUUAAAUGGGCAGAUAAAAUGCACUUAAAGUCCUUUAUGGUUUCAUUUUUCUUCUGGUGGAUUUAGCUCUGGUUGUCAUUUCAAGCCCCUUUAUUGAACGCAAACAGCUGUAGCUGAGGGGAAAUGGUGCUUUGCUAAAUUGUGUUUUUUUUUUUUUUUUUUUUUUUUUUUACUGUUUCUUGAGACACAGCACUUAAGAAAUGCUAACAUAUUAUUUCUACUUUCAAAAUACACACUGAACUUUUGGGGUUUCUUUCUUGUUACAUGGCCAAAGGUAUGUUUUUGUUUGUUUGUUUUUGUAUAUAUAUAUAUAUAUAUAUAAAAUAAUUUUCCUCCGAGCAAGAGCUUAGUGUUAAUUGUAUUUUUUUGUGACGAUCAUUCCUUGCGGUUGAACAAUGUUUUUUAUGUUGACGUAUGUCAGCAUUGAUUGUAUGUAUUUCAAAUCGCACAUGGUUCUUUUCUUUAUUCUCACAGAAAGUGUUAUUCAUCCAUGGUGUAAGACUGAUGAGAUUGUUGUCAUGUAGCCUUCAUGUAAUACUGUAACCCCUUCUUUGUAUCUUUUAUUUGAGUUGCAAACACUCUGAUACUAUUACGUUGCAGUGUGUAAGUAUUGAAUGCUUCUGACAGUUGUGAUAAUGCAUAGACAUUUGCUGGCCUCUAAAAGUAUAAAGGUGACUUACAUUGAUACACUGCCAAUGUAAUGUGGCUUCAGUAUUUUUUGAAAAAAUUUCCACCACUUGAUACUUAUUAGCCUGUUGUGGCAAUAUUGUACAGAUUUUUUUAUUCCGCUUUCAUGUGACAACUGCGUAAACAAUUCUUUAUCAAACUAUUAAGGAAUUAUUGUAAAUAUUUAGCAAUGUACUUAUUUUGAUAUAAACAAAAUAAAACACAUGUAACACUGA